AUGGCUAUAAACGACGUUAACCCUGUGUUAGAUAUUUUGCUAGAAGCGAUCCUAGGAGUUAACAACGUAGAACGUAAAGACGCUACUCCUUUUGCCUAUCCUGUUUUCGUAGUCUGGCGUACCAUUAAGGGUAUUGCCAAGGGUCGCGUUAUUAUCAAUCUGUAUAGUCUAAACAAGUUAGAGAUUAUCACGGCUCUAUAUAGAAAGAAAUUUAUUACGGUAAUUGACUACCGUAAUUCGCCUACAUUACUAAGCCGCUCUAAAAACAUUAGAGUAAUAGGAUAUAGUUCUUCUUUCUUUUACUCUUUUACAUCUGUCCAGAAGGACAUUACUAUUACUACCUUCGCCCCUAUUAUCAUUACCAUCCAGAUGGUCAGACUUACCUACUAUGACCGCGAAUACUCGGACGCCCUGGACAUUUUAAGCCAAGGCUCCUCCCUAUCUGACUAG